AUAAAGACCACAUACAUUAUUUAUUGAAUGAACCUAAAACGUAAAUUUUUGCUUAUAUUUGUGAGCGGAUGAUGUAUUCCUUAUUUGUUAAUUCAUACUAAGAUUCACAUGCUAUUUUGAGUGAUCCUGACAAAUUUGCAUAUGUAUACACUAAAUAUAAUCACCGUAUAUAAGUGGUCAGUGGCAGAGAAUGUAUCCACGUGGCAUAAGCUUAACCUCAAAUAGCAGAAAAGAAGGAAGGCAAGCAAGGCAGCUUCACAUUAACUGUCAUGACAUGACAUCUGUCACUUAGCUCUUGCAACUUGCAACAGCAAUUCCACUUCCUCACUUUCUCUUUUUUCUUAUCUAUCACUAAUAAUACUUCUUAGCUUUGCUCACAAGAUUCAUUGUUUUGUGGAUCAAACAUAACUGAGCUCCAAUUCAACUUGUUGAAUUAAAUUCAAUUUUAGCAGUUGAUUCUUGUUUGGAUGGCCAUGAAGAUUUGUCAUGAAGAAGCAUGCAUGUUAGCUAUGAAAUCCAUUCAUAAGCUUGUUCUCUAACAAACAAUUUGAGUUUAUGGAACAUUCUUGGAAGUGUUUGUCCUUCUGAAGAUGAGUGGAGAAGAAAACAAGAUAGUAAAACCAAAGACUGAUAGUGAACUCUUUCUGAAUAACGCUAACCAGUGCGAUUGGAAAAAUUUGAAAAAUGACUCGUGUGCAGGUGCAAAUGCAGCUUCAAGAGCUGAUAUGACAUUAGCUACUACUGACCCUCUUUCCGAAUUAGUUUGGUCUUCAGAUAAAGGUUUAAGUCUUAAAUGUGCCGAUUCAAGCUUUGCUGAUAAAAAUAGUUCUCUUUUUCGCGAUGUUGGACCUAGCUGCUAUAAUCAAUAUCAGGUUGAUCAAAGGCCAACGGAUGAUUUAUUACUUCAAUUAGAUGAACCUAAACCUAUUAUGGAGCAAAAUUCUCCAUCGAGGAGACCUUCCAAUGAAGGCGUAAAUUAUGGUACUAGUACUGCAGUUGAGCCUAUAACUGAAUACAAAGGCUCUGGUGCUGCAGGAACUAAUUUAACAUCCUCCAGCAGGAAUCCUAUAGAAAAACUGGAAUCUAGUGCCGAGAAUGAUUUAAGAAAUGUUGAUGCUGAACCUGCUUGUGCUGCGACAUGGGUAGGUAUUGUUAGUGAGACUAAAAACAAAUAUGAGGACAAUGAAAUGACACUGCCUUGUGAUAAGGUUCUUCCUGUUUUGCAUUCUCCAUGUAACAGUGAAAUCCGCAUCGCAAAAAACAAAGGCAAGGAAAAGUCCUUAUCAGACGUGGACGCAAAUGUAAGAUUAUCCAUGGAUAAUGACAGCAAUUCAAGUGUUGAAAGCUGUAACAGUGCUAGGUUUUUUUCCACAGGUAAGAAGCGGAAUAACUUUCAACAACAGUUGGUAAUUGGGAGUAAAAGAGUCAAAAUCGACAAUGAAGAAACUUCUGGUUCCAAAUCCUACAUUAAACAAGAAAGCUCAUUCAGAAACUGGAUUUCAAGCAUGGUGAAAGGGCUCUCACAAUCAACUCAAGAUGAUUCGAGCACUUUAGCUGUUAGACUUGCAAAUCCAAAUCUUCAUAAUGCAUGGUUUGACGAGAAACGUAUCACAUGCAAAACGAAUCAAAAUCCUGAGCCGAAAAAUACAGGAUUCAAAUCCAUUUUUCAGUCCAUGUAUUGUCCAAGUUUGAAGAAUAUAGGAACAAGAAUGUUUCAUCAAGAAGGAGAAGGUGACGAGGAUUUAGAGCCAAGUAAUAACAUGGUACAUGGAAUAAAUGCUACUCCAAUAACUUGUUUUCCAGAGAGCAAUUUCCUUGAAAAACGGCAUUUUCAAUCAAAUAAGUUUGAAGCUGCUUCAGGGAGAUAUGACGCUGGUCCGUCACAGCCUAAUGUCGAACCUUUAAAUUUUUAUAACAGUCAGGAAAUAAUCAAAAUUAACCCAGCAGAGAAUGAAAAUUGUUCAAACUUGUGCCUUAUUAAGGACAAGGAAGAAAUGGUAUCAAAUUCAUCUUCAAUCAGAGAAAAUACAAAUAAUACUGAUAAUGUAGAUUCCAACGCACCAUCCGAGAUAAAGGAAGGAGAGAAUAUCUGUCACCGGAAAGACAAUCUAGGGAGUCUAUGGAUAACUCGAUUUGCUCCAAAAUCCAGUGGUUUUGAGGAAGAUGAGAGAAGUAACAGCCAAAAGUUGAAGUAUAUGUUCAACGACCUUUCAUCAUCUUCGCGAGGAUUCACAACCUCGGAGAAAAUGGCUUCGACGUUUGCAAGGAGAUUUGUUGGCCCCAAACAUAUCAUGCCAACAGACAAACCAGAAUGUACCUCACAAGUAAAUCUGUUUUGUUUGUUUUGUGGAAAAAGAGGUCACCAACUCAGUGAUUGCUCAGCAGUUGCAGAAAGUGAGCUAGAAGAUCUUCAGGAGAAUGUAAAUUCAUAUGAAGGUCCGGAAAAUUUUCCUUUGAUGUGCAUUAAAUGUUUUCAGCUCAACCACUGGGCAGUUUCAUGUUCCAGUUCAAUCUCAAAAAGGAAACAUGAAUCGAAAGUCAAAACCUUUCUCCAUGAAGGGAGUGCAAGACCGGCGCAGAUUGACGAGGCAGACAGGAUUUUAUCUGGCGGUGCUAUCCAUGAUGGAAUCCAUCCCAAAACAGAUCAGAAUAUUAAUUUAAAGCGGAAAUCCAAUGACGUUAUAAACGCCAAGAUAGAAUGCAAUGCAUCAUGCAAGAAAUAUUGUGGUUCUAGUUCAAAGGAAAACAAAUACAAAGAGAAACCUAGUAUAACAUCUCCAUCGAGAUUGGCUGAAAAAAAGAUUUCACAUGUGCCAGAGGGAAUUUUUGAUGCAGUGAAAAAGCUUCAAUUGUCCCGCACCGACAUCCUGAACAGAUGGGUAACUGCUCAUGGAUCAUUCUCGCAACUUGAGGGUUUUUUCUUGCGCCUGCGGCUUGGGAAGUGGGAAGAAGGGCUUGGAGGAACUGGUUACCAUGUGGCUUGUAUAACGAUAAGUGAAUCCGAGAAACAUAGUUUAGAGAAGCAUACCAGAAAAUCUCUCUCAGUGAAAGUAGGGGGAAUCAAGUGUAUGGUAGAAAGUCAUUAUAUAUCCAAUCAAGAUUUUCUUGAGGAAGAAAUCAUGGAAUGGUGGUCUGCCAACUCAGAAGCAGGUGUUGAGAUUCCAUCUGAAGAAGAUCUGAUAGCAAAAUUGAAAAAGAAACAAAUGCUAGGCCUUUAACCAUUUUUUAGUCAAGCAGCCUAGUAGCUAGAAUUUCACUUUUAAGGUGAAUAAGUGGGGAAUCUAGGGUCUGAACCACGACCUGUGCCAUAGAUAAUGCAAUGUCUCUACCAACUGAGCUAUGCUCACGGCAACUAGUCCUUUAGUCUUUUAUUAAGUGUUAAUAUGUUUAUUUAUCAUCAUAAGCAGUUGAUACUCUCAUAUUUUGUUUCUUAUUUAUAACAAGUUGUAUAGAAAACAAUACUUAUUCGAUUUAAAGAAAUAAUAUAUACAUGCAGAACUGGACAAACACAGUUUUAUCAAAAUGAA